CAAUCAUUGGCCAGCCUGCUGUCCAUGUUUUGACUCCCUCACGCUGUGUACUGAGGUUCAGAAAAGCACGGUGGUGUUGUUUUGGGACAGCACACAAUGGAAGAUUUCUCCCUUGGUGGUGAAGAGGCAGUAACAGAAGCUAAUCUGAGAGAUGAGUACUAUUGGAAGCUUGUUGCAGACUUCAUUGGUCCUCAAUCAGGAGAAGGAUUGGAGCUUGAAAGUGCACCAUGCAAGAACAGACUUUUAAUUCAAGUAGGACUUCUGACCGAGGACAAUAAUUUUCCAUGGAUUGCCAUUGUAUCUUGGCUAAUGAAAAUCUUCCCGAGUCAUUGGUCAACUAACUUUCGUUGUUUGGUGGAAAGAGGCAUUGCAACCACUUUGAGUCUGGGAAGUGAUGCAAGGCAAAUCUUUCUUGAUUCAGACGUCAACUUUAACUUUGUUGGCCCAAUAUGUGACAGCAUUGGAGUUGAACGGCAACAUCUUUUGGAAAUUAGGGAUUUUAGUGAGCGAGCACAGUCAAUAGAAGUCACUAAUGGGCUGAUUCUCGAGUUGAGCAACUUUGUCAGCAGGGAGAAACUUGCACCAGUUGUUAUAGUGACUUGGCUUAGAAACUUCAACCCUGAGUUUUGUAAGAAAGGGGAUUUUCAAAAGGCAUAUAAAGUCCUUAGACCUAAGAUAAAGAAGUUAAAACUGCAUUACCGCAAUUAUGAAACAAGGAGUCACAGGAGGAAUGCAGCGAUGGAAAAUCUGCUUCAAAGUCCAUUUGAACUGGUGCGUAAGAAAAUGCCCAAAGUGACUGUGAAGAAGCGCAUGAGAAAAGACGACACCAUCCAUUUUGAAAAAGUUAUAAUCAAGGAGGAAUACGAGAGCAAUGAAAUCAUGGAAGGGGAGGAAUCUAACAUGAGAAGAGACGUAAAGAAAAUAAUUGUGAAAGAAGACGCCUCUAUAAACGAUGACAGUGAUGAGGAUUUGGACGAGUCCAACAGUGGAGAAGAAACGUCAGAUAACAAACAAGAUACCUCGACUCUGCUUGACAUUGCAAUGCUGUCUGUCCAAAAGCUGUCCAAAAUGUAUGGUGGGAAAACCGAAGCAUCCAAGCAAGUUUGCUUGGAUCUCCUCAAAAAUCAUUAUGCUCUGACAUGCAAGGAGCAUCGAGCCAUGGCAGAGUUUGAGCAAAAACUAGACACACUUUGUGGAGAGCCUUCACUUGUAUACCCCGUUGUGUUUUUAAACUACAAUGCCAAUUUCCUUGUUGACUUGCAAGAUGCUGUGGAGCAGCAGAUCAUGGCCUUUGAGAAAGAGAUCAUUCUAUCAACCGGAGAGAAACUAGGCCGAGACAGACUUUCAAAAUUCAAGAGCUUUGAGAAUUUGUCUGAAAGUGCCACUUCACGCUACAUCCACAUGGCUUGUGAUAUCCUAAAUACAACCAACCCUGGCAUGAAAAGCUACAGGAAACACUGGGUAGCUUUCUGCGAAGAAAAGAAAAACCCCUCCAGAAUUGCAGUAAAUCCAUCACAACGAUUCCAGAACUACUUCGAAGCUGCAGCGGGUCUUAUCCACCAUCACAAAGAGACGGCUCUGUUCUUUUCUGAUUUGCUUGCAAUGACAAACGACACAAACAUUAUUCUGGAGUGCGUUGCUGCUGAUGCUAAUGACUCUGUGAUUCAGAGCUUUGUGUGUGUCCUGGCCAUUGUUUACUGCAAAGUCCUCGGUCCUUACUGGCAGCUCCUGAAUAGCAGCGGAGAUUACUCCCUCUUCUGCCAGUACAUACUCUUCCUGUACCAAAAGUUCCUCGAUUGGUCCAAAGAUCCUUCAACACUGCUAGAACCUGAAGCUGAGACAAAUGUUUUUCUGCAGUACCCAUCGCAGGAGAAAACCUUUGAUGGAGUGUUUCAUUUCUGUGGCCAGUGGCACACUAAUAGGGACCUUAUCAGAGCUUGCCUGAAAAGGAUAGUGAAGGUGAUUGCUGCUGUCACUGAGGAACACCUGAAGGAUUUCCUGCCAGGAGGAACGUUUGGUCAAAUCCCUUCACCAGAUCUGAUCUCACAACUGGAAAGUUGCACAUUUUCCGCCUUGAUGGCGAAAUAUCCUUUCCGCACUGCAGAAGAAAGUCCCAUCAAGAAGAAAAAACCUGACAUGUCUUCCAAACGCUCUUCACAGAAGAACCUUCAGGAAGAUGAUGACCAAUCCGGGUCCUCUGACAGCAGCUCCGAUGAAUCUUCCAGUUGGCAAAGAAGUGGCCAAAAUGAUGCCGACAGUCCCAAGAUUAAGAAAGUAAAAAAAGUACAGGAAGAGCGAGUGGAGAACAACGAUAGGGAUUACAUUGUAGCUAAAGUGAAAAGAAACGGAGGGCCAUGCAAGACACAGCAGGAUGUCGACAAAAUGAUGCUGCGCUUUGACGGAAAAACGAGAGAUGAGAAACGGGAAGGAAUCCGUUGUGAGAUAAUGUACCAGAAAAUGGUUUUGGACAACACAGACCAAAACUUGGAUGCUGCUUUCAGCAACACCUCACAAAUGGUGUUGAAGCUGAAGAUUGCACUUCCUCGUGUUAAACCUGGUUACUCGCUUGUUUGGGCCCCUAAAAAAACAAAGACAAAGCCUGUGGUUCAACCUAAUGCUGCUACUGGAUGGGAUGUGACAACAGCACAUGAGAAUUUUCAUGGCGUCUGAAAAAAAGUGUGGUUUUGGAGAAAAGAGAAUAAUUGUCACUCUCUUAUGAUUUUACAUUUGCAAACUAAUCAAAAAUAUAAACAAUGACCUUUAUCCUUUUUAUUGUAUGAUUCUGUAUAUAUCUAUUGCAGCUGUCAUGUGUGUUACUUGCUGUACUUCAACUGCCUUUAUUUAAAAAUAUAAGGUUUGAUUCUUGUAGAUUAUCAUGUGCAGAUAAUUGUAUAAUUUGUACGGUGCUGUUUUGUAACCAGCCUUUCUUGAAAGGUAACAUUUUCAGUUACUGGGGGAAACUCAGUUGAUAACUGCUUACUUAAAAUAUGUUGUAUAAACCACUAAUGAAAUAAACAACGCCUUAGUGCA